UGCAAAAGUAUAAAAGCUGGAAGCAGCAAAAGCUGGACACAUUAUCCGACGAUACAGGCGUCGCGUUUUGCAAAGUACGAGGCUCUCCAGAAAAGAGAAGGAUGAAGCUCCACUGGGGAAUGAUGGCGCUGGUGGUUUGCGGUGUUUUGGAGACCGAAGGGAGCAUUGUGGAAUUUGGGAAAAUGGUCAAGGAACUGACCAACAAAAUCGCUUUUUUCGAGUACACCAGUUACGGCUGCUAUUGCGGACUGGGAGGGAGAGGACAGCCACGGGACGCCACCGACAGGUGCUGCUUCAACCACGACUGCUGCUACAGCAAACUGAAGCAAUGCGACACCACAACAGACAAGUACAAAUUCACCAUCAAGGACGGAACCAUCACCUGCGGUGAAGGAACGUCGUGUGAAAAGCAGAUCUGCGAAUGCGACAAAACCACCGCGAUUUGCUUCAAAGACAACCUCAAAACCUACGACGCAAAAUACCGCUUUUACUUGGACACCAACUGCAACGAAAAACCGCCGUCCUGCUGACCAGCUGUCCCAAAGAACACCCCGAUUCCUUCCAAAUAAC